AUAGGGUACAAGCUCCAAGGUAUCGAAUGAUUCCAACAGAAACAGAUCUGAAUGCGCUUCCUUUACUCUCGAGCAUCCCGGAAAAAGUGCUACCAAUGGCUGCAACGCAGUUGAGGACAAAGGAUGAUUCACACUGGCAAGAUAGUUCUGUCAUGUCUAAUCUUGCUAGGAAAGGAGAAGCCCUCGCUGUAUCUGGUUUAGCAGAGUAUGGUGAUGAGAUAGAUGUCAUUGCUCCUGCUGAUGUUCUGAAACAAAUAUUUAAGAUACCAUACACCAAGGCUCGCGUGUCAAUUGCUGUUCACCGCGUUGGACAAACUCUUGUCCUGAAUAGCGGGCCUGAUAUUGAAGAGGGAGAAAGACUUAUUCGAAGACAAAAUCGUCAGCCAAAAUGUGUUGAUCAGUCGUUAUUUUUAAAUUUUGCUAUGCAUUCUGUAAGAAUGGAGGCUUGUGAUUGCCCUCCAAGUCACAAUACUUCUUCAGAUGAGCAAUUGAAGUCACAUUCUCACCCCAAUGAGUGCAUGCCAAGUGAUGGUUCACUUGAAUCCUCAGAUCAUCCAAUGCAAGGGCAUACAUCCUAUGGGCAACAGGAGGGUAUUGGCCGAAGCAAAGAGUUUACCCAUCAGCAGGAGUUGCCACAUGCUGGAAGGAAAAAUCUGUAUUUGGGUAAGAAGAAAAAUAAGAGACAUAAAGGUCGUGAAACUGUAAAAAAGGUGGCGGAAGUUAAAGAAAAGCCAAGGUGCCCAGUUCAAGAAUCUGAAAAAUAUAGAAAAAUUGGCGAGGAUGGCUUUUUAAGAGUGCUCUUUUGGCAGUUCCACAAUUUCCGUAUGCUUCUGGGUAGUGAUUUGCUCAUCUUUAGCAAUGAGAAGUACGCCGCGGUGAGCUUGCACUUGUGGGACGUCUCACGCAAGGUCACUCCAUUAACCUGGCUUGAAGCUUGGUUGGACAACUUUAUGGCUAGUGUUCCUGAAUUGGCCAUCUGUUACCAUGAGAAUGGUGUUGUUCAAGGUUAUGAGCUUCUGAAGACUGACGAUAUUUUUCUACUAAAGGGCAUAUCUGAUGAUGGAACUCCUGCUUUUCAUCCCCAUGUUGUCCAACACAAUGGUCUUUCAGUGAUGAGAUUCCUACAUGAGAACUGCAAGCAUGACCCUGGUGCUUAUUGGCUGUAUAAAAGUGCGGGAGAAGAUGUCAUACAACUGUUUGAUCUUUCUGUCAUUCCAAAAAGCCAUGCGGCUGAUAGUUCCGAUGACAGCUCUGGUUCUUUGCCGUCUUUGAUAUAUAGAGGGAGAAGUGAUUCUAUACUCUCGCUGGGCACCCUACUGUACCGUAUUGCGCACAGACUCUCUCUCUCAAUGUCAUCCAAUAGCAGGGCAAGGUGCGCAAGAUUCUUCCAAAAAUGUAUCAGUUUCCUAGAUGAGCCAGAUCAUUUGGUGGUGCGUGCACUUGCUCAUGAACAAUUUGCGAGGCUCCUGCUUACAUACAAUGAGGAGGUGGAGCUGACAUCUGCAGUGCUUCCAAUGGAGUCGGAAGUUAUCAUUUCUGAUGCAGAAGAGGAGUCAUUUGAGCUUGCUAGCGGGUUACCUGCAUCUAUCGUUCAGGAUGCUGUAUAUCCUCCUGUUACAGCUGUCAAACAACUAGAAAGCCCACAAUGCCUGGAACUUCUCACUCAAGAAUGUUCUGGCGAUGCGUCAUUCAAACAGAAUGUAUCUUCACCCGAACUGCCUGAAGUAUUCGAUGCGAGGAAGGAGAACGAGAAUCCUCUAUGCAUUGAUGAUAAUGAUGUUUCAGUCCCUAAUUUUCCAAAACAAUCAGAUGAUGCUGUGCAGUCUGUGGGUGAUCCAUUAUCGUCUAAGCUGGCUGCUAUACACCAUGUCUCUCAAGCCAUCAAGUCCCUUAGAUGGACACGACAACUGUACUCUUCUAGGAUGGAGUCAAACCUGGAAAAUGAAGAAACUGAGAACGAUCUGUCCCCGUCCAUGGAUUUCUCUGUCUGCGCCUGUGGCGACCCUGACUGUAUCGAAGUUUGUGAUAUUCGAGAGUGGCUCCCUACAUCAAAGUUGGAUGAUAAAUUGUGGAGACUUGUUCUGCUGCUUGGAGAAUCUUAUCUGGCCCUUGGACAGGCUUAUAAAGAUGAUGGCCAGCUGUACCAAGCCUUGAAGAUCGUGGACUUAGCUUGCCUGCUCUAUGGUUCAAUGCCUCAGGACACAAGAUUUAUCUCUACCAUGGUGUGGACUGGCUCAUUAGCCCACACGAACGUUCAAAGUGAAGAUAUGACAAACUCCUCCGCAUGCAGUGAUGUUUUGUCUUUCGAUGGCCUGUCUUCUAAUUUACUCUUCUGGGCCAGGGCUUGGACGCUGGUCGGGGAUGUUUUUGUUGAGUUCUACUUGAAGAAGGGUCAGGAGACCUCGAGGCAGACACGGAGGAAAGAAUGUGCCAAGGACCUAAAAAUGCCACCUGAGGUAGUAAAGGAAUUUGUGAGGCUGAAAAAGAAGAUGGGGAAAUUUAAUCAGAACUGCCAAUCGUGCUCUCUAAUAAACUGCAGUUGCAGGAGUGACAGGGCAAGUAGUGGUAGUAGUGCCAGCAGCAGUGGUGCAUACUCGUCAAAUUACAACAAGAAACAAGGAAGAAAAGCAUAUGGCAAAGCCAGCUUGUACACUCGUAAUAGUGACUGUGAAGGUAGUGUCUCGCAGAAAGUGGACGCCAGGAAUUUUCAUGGUGAUGAAAGAAUUGGGAAUGAAACUUGUAGGAUUGCGGAUACUAUGGAGGAAAUGGAACUCACCGGGUCUAAAGAAGACGCAGUUCCGAAAAGUUCUUUUAAAGAAGAGUCAGCAGCUAAAACUGGUGGUAUAUUCAAAUACUUGAGGGGUUUUAUAACCGAAGAUGCGGAUUAUAACCUGUCUGUUGCUUUGACUUGUUACGAGACAGCUCUCAUGGCUAUGCUUGGACUUCCCGCUAGUUCGGUGGAAGUACAGUCUGUACUUAAGAAGAAAGGAUGGACGUGCAAUGAAUUGGGACGUUAUCGACUGGAAAUGAAAGACUUGUUAAAAGCCGAAGAUGCUUUCUUGAAGGCAAUUGACGCGUUUAAACAAGUGGGGGACUAUACGAAUGUGAUCUUGAUCAACUGCAAUCUAGGCCACGGGCGCCGUGCACUAGCCGAGGAUAUGAUUCCGAAGAUCGAAAAUCUCAAGCAACAUGCAGUUUUCCAAAAUGCAUAUGUGCAUGCACUCGAGACUGCCAAGUUACAGUACAGCGAAGCCCUACGGUACUAUGGAGCAGCAAAAACGGAGUUAAAUGCCCGUGGUGUCGAGAAAACAGGUCCCGCACCUGGAGAUCUCAAGAAUGAGGUGUACACACAGCUGGCUCAUACGCAUCUGAAGCUCGGCAUGCUACUUGCAAGAGAGAACACUGUUGCCAAGGUUUGUGUCUUUGAAGAUGACUCGAUUUCUGGUCUUGGUCAAACUCAGUUCGAACAUGUAAAUCAUGAAAUCUCAGCAAAUGAUGCAAUACGGGAGGCUCUGGCAAUGUAUGAGGCACUGGGUGACUCGCGAAAGCAGGAGGCUGCAUAUGCGCAUUAUCAGCUGGCUUGCUAUCAAAGGGACUGCUGCUUGAGGUUUUUUGGCUCGGAUCAAAAGAAGAAUAAUUUGGCUAAAGGGGACAAUAAUGGUGUUGUUCAUAAGGUGAAACAGUAUGCCUCACUUGCAGAAAGGAACUGGCAGAAGUCGGUUGAUUUCUAUGGGCCCAAGACGCAUCCCGCGAUGUUCCUGACCAUUCUUGUUGAUAGAUCGGCUUUGUUGUUUAGCCUGUCGAGCUAUCUUCACUCAAGCUCGCUCCUUGAAUCAGCCCUAACUCGUCUGCUCGAAGCACGUCAUGUAUCUGAGAACACUUCCCUGGCCACCGAAAAUCCCAAGGCCUGUGCUAAAUUCUGGCGCCAGCUGCAAACGCUCCUGAAGAAUAUGCUUGCCACAGCACGUUUGACAAAAGCAAACAAAACUUCAGCCAACUCUCAGCAAACUCAGCCUUGCAAAUCGGCUGAUGUUAAAAAGCUUUCCGAGCUUUACAAGAUCUCUUUGAAGUCCUCCGAUUUGGGUCAGCUGCACACAAUGCAUACCUUGUGGACAACAUAAAGGCCAGUAGCUCUUAAGAAUUUUGCCUAAAUUGGCUGAGUACUUAAAUGUGUGAUGCUUGUUUGGGACUUUUGGUGUGUUGUUAUGCUUUUCUUUUCUUCCUUUUUUUUUUUUUUUU